AUGGACACUUCGGACGCUUUGCCGCAGGUUGGACACAAUGGGGUCAAGAACCACGAGGAAAAGGCCAGCGAGACGUCGCCCCGGAGCGUCUCGAGGGAGACGAUGCCGCGUCGCUGCGUGUCGAGAGAAAUGCUCGAGCAGCUGCCGGCCCUCGAACGCCGUAUAGGGUACCACGAAGUGACGGUCCCCAAACCUUUCGGGUGCUUCUACUUGAUGCGUCUUGUUGAGAGGUCCAUCCAAGUGGGCGCUCCCUUCUCGUCAAAGCUGUUUGUGCCCAAGCAGAUCUGGCAACAAGAUCGGGUCAAGCUCGCCGGCGUCCCGCUGAAAGUCGAAGUCUUCCAGGAGCUGAAGCAGCGGCUCGAAAAGACCAGUCACGCUCUGCCUCUGUCGUCCGACUCGGCCAAAGCUGCUUUUCUCACAGAGCUUGACGCGUUGCUCGACUUUGCACGACAAGAGCGCGUGCACUUGAUCCGGUCGUUCCCUUUUCUACCACAGGAUCAACGUCAUGUUGUCCCGCACGUGAUCCAGAGCGAAAGCAGUAACGGGACGGAAGAGCGAUCUGCGGAUGCGAACGCAUCGAGCAUUGGCAAGCUGACAACUCUAGCCUUUGGGUUUGGCCGCAUGGUCAAGAAGCAGGCUAUUGCUGCAGUGGAACGCGUCGGAGCUGCGCCGUCCAUUCUCGUGUCCAUCGAUGAGCUGGACGAAUAUGCCGCAGUGCUCUGCACGCUCUUCCACUCGACGCGGAGCAUUAAAAACCUUCUUGGAUUACACCUCGACGCUCAUGAUGCACGAACUGAUUCCGAGGCGGCAACAGGAGACUUGCAACUGGACUCGGCGACUUUGACGAAGCUAGAAGAUCUCGCGGUUUUCCUGGAUGAAGUCGUUCUUGAGCUUGUCAUGCGUGACGUGCACAGUCUUUUGGAAAUCUAUCUGCAAAAGCUGACGCGACAAUUCGGCGAGUUCUCCAUUGAGCAGGCCCUGCUGAAACGUCAGCCGUCGAUGUCAGCAUAA